AUGUUUCCCGGUCAGGUGAUCAUGAACCAGCUCGCGUUGCAGAGUCGAACCAGCCUCCUCACCUUGACACAAACCACGAUGGCUGCCCGACUACUGCUCGUCGCUGCUGCCGCCGUCGGCGCUCUCGCCUACAAGAACACUGCUCCAGUCGUCGCUUGGUCCUCGUCGAGUUCCCAUUCUCUCGGCUCGGCACCUUCUCAUCUCGCUGGUGACGUCUACUCCGGCUCUCUGCUGGAGAGCUUCUUCGACUCGGACGACGUCUGCAAGCACGAUGCUAUCGUCAUUGUCGAGCACCCAGGGUUGCAUUCAUCCGACCUCAGCGCCCUCACCCCUUUUACUCCACUCGCUCGCACUCUAUCCGAGGCACCUUCAAUGCGUCAAUAUGCAUACGUACCUCACCUCCCAAAUCUGGAGCUCCCAAAACUAGCCGAAGCUGUCUCGGCAAAGUGCCGUUCACGUCUGCAUCAAUAUACGCCGAGUGAGCGAACAGGAGAUCCCGUCGUGAAGUCCGGCGAGAAACAUGUCGUUUGCAUAAAGAUGCCUCGUCUCGAUCAUUCGGGCCAAGAGAGGAAGCAGAAAAUGGCAGAACACGAGUCUAUGCUGAGCAACGAGCUCUCAUCCCUCGCGUCCAUUUUCCCUGACCACUUCGUUGUCUACUCCGGCGUCCCAAUUGCUCCUCCUUCACCCUUCAUCUUCCUCAAGCGCCAAGCUGACGAAGACUCGCCCGACCGCCCGAUCCUCGAUCUCUCCUCGCAGGAUCUCUCUGGACCAAGUUCAUUCGCGGCAGCCGACAACGGUACUCUGGCUAAGGGCGGCAUCCUGAAGAAGUACCAGCUCCUGACACCCGGCCUCAUCACGGCCCUGCUCGUGGUCUUCUUCGUCUUGCUCCCGGUAAUUUACGUCGGCCUCAGCGCGUUGGCAAGCAUUCAGAACCCAUUGCGGGUUGAUGUGUCGAAGAGCUUCAAUGCCCAGGAGAGAAAGAACCAGUAA